CGCUGAGGCGGCAGCGUGAGGGCUGCCAGGGGUCCCGGGCCUUUGGGGCCGGCGGGCUUCCCUCUGCUGCGGCGGGAGGCUGCCACGAGCCCUGUCCCUGCCGCCUGUGAGUCCCCUCAGGGGCCAGCUCAGGGCCCAAGUCUCCCUUGCUGCUCUGAGGUGGGUCCUCAGGGUGAAAAAGCCCCGCACAGGAAAUUCACGCGAGCAGCGGUUUGUUUAAUAUCUUUUUGGGGCGCGGUGGAAAAAAAAGAGGUGAGUUUCUCUAAAAAUCGUAGUUAAAAGGCACAGCUGCGUAUUGAAGACACUCAGACCGGCUAAACCAGUAGGAAAAGAUCUCACCAUGGCACCAUCUGGAAGAAAGCAUGGAGGAAAAGCUGGUAAACCAGCACAAGAAGAUCAGACCAUAACUACUUAUGACUUUGAGGAGGAAAGGAAAGAACUGAGUGGGUCAGAGGAGGAUAUUAGAGAAGGUGACACACCAGUAAUAGACAAGCAUGGAAAGAAAAGACCUCUGGUGACUACUCAUGCUCCAGAUGAUGUGGGGGGUGAAGUACAGAAUAUGUUGGAGAGAUUUGGAGCUGACAUUAACAAGGCUCUCUUAGCUAAGAGGAAAAGAUUAGAAAUGUAUACAAAAGCCUCACUCAAAACCAGUAACCAGAAGAUUGAACACGUUUGGAAAACGCAGCAGGAGCAAAGGCAGAAGCUCAACCAUGAGUUCUCCCAGCAGUUCCUGACUUUAUUUCAGCAGUGGGAUGUCGAUGUGCAAAAGUCAGAGGAGCAGGAAGAAAAACUAGCGAAUAUGCUUCGUCAGCAACAAAAAGUUUUUCAGCAGGCAAGAAUAGUCCAAAGUCAGAGACUGAAAACCAUUAAGCAACUCUAUGAGCAAUUCUUAAAGAGCAUGGAAGAGCUGGAGAAGAGCAAUGAAAAUCUUCUGGCUGGUGCCCAAAAUGAACUUCGCAAGGAAAUGGCAAUGUUGCAGAAGAAGAUUAUGAUGGACACUCAACAGCAGGAGAUGGCAACUGUUCGCAAGUCUCUUCAGUCCAUGUUAUUCUGAUGGCUCAGUGGAGGAGCAACUUGUACCUAAGUAGCAUGAUACAAGUACAGGCAUUAGAAGGAUGUUGAGAUUUAAAUCUUUCAAG